UUGGGCUCUGAGGCUUUUCUGCUUACCCACAAUGCGGCUUUUCCUCCCAUUCAGCAGCACACAUUCCAAGUCUCUUUGGCUACCAAUCAGACGAUCGGGUGUGCGUGUAAGAACAAUGGCCACUGCAGAAAGGGCAGGACACCGGUUACCCAAGACCGCCGCCGAUGCGCUGUAUUCAAUGUAUGCAAACGAGCUUGGGGACAGAUUGAAAGCUCUGGAGAAUACAAUAGAUCCCUCAGUACCUCCCGAAAGUCCAUUUAUAAUACGACUCGAUGGCGUCUCUUUCCGAGUUUUCACCAAAGGCCUGCGAAAGCCAUUUGAUGAGCGCCUGACGGAUGCAUUGAUUGACACCACCAAGGAUCUGAUGUGGAGAUUUGGUGCUGUGCUGGGGUAUUCCCAGUCGGAUGAGAUAUCGUUGGUGUUUCCUCCAGCUUGGGUGGCAGAACCUGCGCCAGCGGACAACGCACUUGAAAUCGCUCCUGGAACAGUUGGAACAGCAAACGCACCACCUUUCCCGCCGGCAGUGACGAGUCCACCAUCCAAACCAGUUACACCACAAAAGCACAUGUACUCUGGGCGCGUCCAGAAGUUGGCCUCCGUAACGGCAUCCUACGCUACAGCACGCUUAAACUACUAUCUAUCUGCGCAGAACUGGGACGAUCUUGCUUCACAACAUCGAGAACGGAUGUUAGCACACGUUGCACAUUUCGAUGGCCGAGUGGUACCAACGUCGGACGCAAAGUCUGCCAUGGAAUGCAUCUUUUGGCGAUCAAAUUUUGAUGGAUUCCGGAACAGCAUAUCCCACAUUUCUCACUCGUACUUCACAUCAAGGCAGCUUCAUAAUAGAGGGUUGGAGGAACAGUUGGAGAUGCUAUCAGAAAAGGGUGUUGAUCCAUUUCAAGAGUAUCAGGCCAAGUUCCUGUUCGGAACCUGGGUCAAGAAGGAGCAGUACGAGCUGCAUGGAAGGAUAAACCUAAAGACGGGGACACCCGUUCAAGGUCCAGUGCUUCGAUCUCGUAUCAGGACUGGGUCCUUUAACUGGGCGGACUGGAAUGAGGAUGAACGCAUUCGAUUUACUAUGGCUAAACAUUGGGCGAUUGAUCCGUCAAGUCCUCCAAAGCAUCCCCUCCCAGUGACCAAUAAUAGUGAAUCUCUGUGAACAGAUUUUCUUUUCACAUUGUACAUCUACUAUCCAUCUCACCUUUGGUCUCCCCACUUUUUUGUACUGUCUACUAUAUGAUACCUAUAUUAUUGCUAUGUAUAUCCACUAUGGAGAAUAUCUCAAACACCAAAUUUCAAUCCAAAAUUUGGCGGUGUCGAUCAAAUAUUAGGACUCCCAAAUGGUCAAACCAAUCGCAGCUAUUACCCACGACCAUAG